AUGGCUAGCAAGGCGGAGAAAAAACUAGCAGCGGACCUUCUGGUGGAGAAAUUCGUAGCGGAUUUCACCUAUGAACGGGAUUGUUGCCAGGUUGCGGUACGUUUGGAGGCGCUCAACAAGUGCAACGAACUCUUCUUGAACGUGCAAAACGACAUCGAGAUGGGUGACAACGAAGAACGGUUCGAGACACAUCUGGAGUUCCGGGCGGAUUUCGAGGAUCGGUUUUGCAGAGCGAAAGGUUUUUUGUUGUCAAAGCUGGAAAGCAGGGAGCAUCUUCUGAGUUCGACGAUCAUGCACGCAUCGACUUCUCAUAGCAUGUCUUCCAGUUUCCAUCAUCGGCUGCCUAAAAUCGAUCUACCGAAGUUUAGCGGGGAUGAAUCGCGAUGGAUAUCAUUUCGCGACAACUUCAUUUCGAUGAUCCACUGCAACGAGGACAUACCGAUCGUCAACAAACUGCAGUACCUGUUGCAGUCGCUGGAAGGAGAGGCAAGAAAACCGUUUGAGUCUGUGGAUAUCCAAGCCGAUAACUAUGCGUCGACGUGGGACGCAUUGAAAAAGCGCUACGACAACAAGCGAUUCCUCAAGAAGGAGCUGUUUCGAGGCCUGUACAAUCUUCCACCGAUCCAGUAUGAGUCAGCUCAAGACCUCAACACACUAGUGGAUGAUUUUCAGCGACACGUCAAGGCUUUGGGAAAGUUGGGCGAACCGAUCGAGCAUUGGGACACUCCGCUCAUCUUCAUCCUUUCAAACAAGUUGGAUUCGGCGACGAUUCGUGCAUGGGAGCAAGAUACUCGACAGAAGGACGAGGUGAAAUACGAAGAGCUCAUCGAGUUUCUCAUCCACCAGGUCCGGAUGUUGAAAUCCGUGGACAGCGAUCUCCAACAUCGUUCCUCAGUGCCUACCGUUUCCAAGGUGGCCGGACAAAUCCCGAAGAAACCAGUUCCCAUCCGAUCUGUCGUGAACACAGCUACUUCCGAAACUCAAUCCAGCACUUCGCCAUGCCACUGUUGCCUGAGAGUUGUCCAUUGCACCAAUGUCCAGCAUUUUCGAACCUGUCAAGCUCCCAACGGCGAGAGCUUGUGA